AUCCAAACGAUAUUUCAGAUAUAUUUCUCUCAUCUUAUUUGUGCAGGCAAAUAAAGUCACAUUUCGUAUCUCAAAUCUCCGCGAUUAAACAUCGAGAACGAGAGAGCAAGGGAGCGAGAGGAGCUGAAGGCAGGUAUUGGGAGCGGGAGAUCGCUGCGGCGACGCUGAGAGCAUAGCUGUGUGGCGAAGAUCCGAGAGAAUCGCGGACAAGAAGUUUGUUGAGCCUGUGGAUCCGCCGCUUUUCAUCUUCGGUGUAUUGGGUCGAAGUUCCGAGCAGAAGAUCCGGGCGACGGCUUUGGCGAGCAAAAAUGAUCCAUUUUGUGCUUCUUUUAAGCCGACAAGGAAAGGUUAGACUCACGAAGUGGUACUCUCCAUAUGCACAGAAGGAAAGAUCUAAGGUAAUCCGUGAGCUCAGUGGAGUAAUUCUCGCAAGAGGUCCAAAGCUCUGCAAUUUUGUAGAAUGGAGAGGAUUUAAAGUUGUAUACAGAAGAUAUGCUAGCCUCUAUUUCUGUAUGUGCAUCGAUGCUGAGGACAAUGAGUUAGAGGUUCUUGAAAUCAUUCAUCACUUCGUUGAGAUACUUGACCGUUACUUUGGCAGUGUUUGUGAGCUGGACUUGAUUUUCAAUUUUCACAAGGCGUAUUAUAUAUUGGAUGAGAUUCUGAUUGCUGGCGAACUCCAAGAGUCUAGCAAAAAAGCUGUAGCCCGGAUUAUAGCUGCUCAGGAUUCCUUGGUUGAUACUGCAAAGGAGCAGGCUAGUUCCUUGAGCAAUAUGAUUGCACAGGCUACCAAAUAGAGAUCAAUUCAUGAUUACUUUGAUGUUUGAUAUAGGCUUUGUUUGGACGGCUUUCUUGUUGUUUUCUAAAGCAGCGUUCUAGUA